AUGUUGCGCGUCGGAGGCCUGGGGCUACCUGGCUGCCUGGCUCUGGCUGCCCUGGUUGGCCUGGUACACAGCCAGCAUGUGUUCCUGGCCCCUCAGCAAGCGCUGUCGCUGCUCCAGCGGGUGCGGAGGGCCAACAGCGGCUUACUGGAGGAGCUAAGGAAGGGCAACCUGGAGCGGGAGUGCGUGGAGGAGCAGUGCAGUUAUGAGGAGGCCUUCGAGGCCCUGGAGUCGCUCAGCGACACGGACGUGUUCUGGGCCAAGUACAGAGCUUGUGAUUCAGUGAGGAAAGCUCGAGACACUUUCAUGGAGUGUAUGGAAGGUCGUUGUGCUAUGGAUCUGGGUACGAACUACCUUGGGACCGUGAGCGUCACCCACUCCGGUAUCGAGUGCCAAUUAUGGCGGAGCCGCUAUCCACACAAGCCUGACAUCAACUCCACCACCCAUCCUGGGGCCAACCUGGAGGAGAAUUUCUGCCGCAAUCCAGAUAGCAGCACCAAGGGACCCUGGUGCUACACCACAGACCCCACUGUGCGAAGAGAAGAAUGCAGUGUUCCUGUCUGUGGCCAGAAGGACCGUACCACUGUGGAGAUGACUCCUCGCUCUGGAGGUUCCAAGGGGAAUCUGUCACCUCCACUGGAGCAGUGCGUCCCAGAGCGCGGCCGCCUGUACCAGGGGAACCUGGCUGUGACGACACUUGGGUCCCCCUGCCUGGCCUGGGCCAGCUCGCCAGCCAAGGCCCUGAGCAAGUACCAGGACUUCGCCCCGGAGGUGAAACUCGUGGAAAACUUCUGCCGCAACCCAGAUGGUGAUGAGGAGGGCGUGUGGUGCUAUGUUGCCGGGCAGCCUGGUGACUUCGAGUACUGCAACCUCAACUACUGCGAGGAGGCGGUGGAAGAGGAGAGUCAGGAUGUGGAGGAGACCAUCGGGGGGCGCACCACCGACGGGGAGUUCCACACCUUCUUCGAUGAGAAGACCUUCGGCAUGGGGGAGGCAGACUGUGGCCUGCGGCCUCUGUUCGAGAAGAAGUCGCGAAAAGACGAAACGGAAAAGGAGCUUCUUGACUCUUACAUGGAGGGGCGCAUCGUGGAGGGCUGGGACGCUGAGAUGGGUAUCGCCCCCUGGCAGGUGAUGCUCUUCCGGAAGAGUCCCCAAGAGCUGCUGUGUGGGGCCAGCCUCAUCAGUGACCGGUGGGUCCUCACUGCCGCCCACUGCCUUCUGUACCCACCCUGGGACAAGAACUUCACUGAGAACGACCUUCUGGUACGCAUUGGCAAGCAUUCCCGCACCAGGUAUGAGCGGAACAUUGAAAAGAUCUCCAUGCUGGAAAAGAUCUACAUUCACCCCAGAUACAACUGGCGAGAGAACCUGGACCGUGACAUUGCCCUGCUCAAGCUCAAGAAGCCUGUGCCCUUUAGUGACUAUAUUCACCCCGUGUGCCUGCCGGACAAGCAGACAGCAGCCAGCUUGCUCCAGGCUGGGUAUAAAGGGAGGGUGACAGGCUGGGGCAACCUUCGGGAGACAUGGACCACCAGCAUCAGCGAGAUACAGCCCAGCGUCCUGCAGGUGGUGAACCUGCCCAUUGUAGAGCGGCCGGUGUGCAAGGCCUCCACCCGGAUACGCAUCACUGACAACAUGUUCUGUGCUGGUUUCAAGGCAAAUGACACCAAGAGAGGCGAUGCUUGUGAAGGCGACAGUGGGGGACCUUUUGUCAUGAAAAGUCCCUAUAACAACCGUUGGUAUCAAAUGGGCAUUGUCUCAUGGGGUGAAGGUUGUGACCGGAAUGGGAAAUACGGCUUCUACACACACGUGUUCCGCCUGAAAAAGUGGAUACUGAAAGUCAUUGAACGAUUUGGAUAGAUAAGGGGGCAUCCAUGAUAUGGGAUCCUCAUUGCAAAAUCACAGAAACCAGUCCAAAUAUUUUUGUGGUUUGUUUAUGUUCUCAAUAAAAGUGACUGUUAGUUAAGUCUCUGUGUGCCCAGUGCUGUUGAUGGGCUACUCUCUGGACUGGGCUCUGGAAGAGGCAGUAAUGCUGCUGGACAGAUGGAGCUGCAACUAUUAUAUACGCAUACAUAAGAUUCAUUAGAGUGGUGUACAGGCUGUGAUCUGGUUAGUUCAACAAUGGCUCUCUCUGAACAGAAAAGCCAAGAAUCCAGUAGUUGUAAACACCCUGGGGUGGAUGUCUCAGAUGGUCGUCAUUCUACUUUGGAAUCUUUAGGAGGUUCUGACUCCAGUGAAGGAAUGCCUCAGGAUAGAUCAACGACCUUGCCAGAGAAAAGUGAGGCCAAGUAGGCAAAAAGCAAAAACUUCCUUCUUCCAGGUCCUUUUAUGCAGGCUGGACCAAAGGUAUGGCUCAGAUUUAGGGUGGACUUGCCCAUUUCAAAUGAUCCAAUCAAUUAAAUUUCUCUUCCAGGACAUCUAGGGCUACACAAAGAAACCCUGUUUCAAACCACCCUGCCCGUGUCUCCCCCCCCCCCCCCCAAAAAAAAGAAAAAGUUCUCACAGGCGUACCCAUCUACUUGUGUUUUAGUUGACUCCAGAUGACAAGCAAGAUUUUAGUCAUCACAUCCUGUGUCCUUCAUCAUCAAAAUGGAACACAUGUGCCCCCAAGAGGCUCAAUGUUUACAGCCCCUUUGAGAUUAUAGUUCGAUGGUGGAUGGGCACAUAGGCUGCUCACAUGACCUCUGAGUUGUUGUCUUCAAUCUUCAUGUAUGCAUAAGUGUUGUUUGAGACCAGGUCUUACUAUGUAGCUCUGACUCUCCUGGAACUCACUAUGUAGACCAGACUGGCCUUGAAUGCAGAGAUCUGCCUGCCUUUACUUCUCCAGUAACACAAAUUUAUAAGGAUUAAGUGAUUUUUGUUGUGUACUGAGAACAACUGGACUGGCAUCCUGUCUGUCAUGUUUAAAGUUCCUUUUCUGGUCACCUCCUCCCUCCUUUGGCCCCCACAAAGCACAUAAUGAUGUGUGUGUGUGUUAGGGAGAGGGAGUUUUUCCCAGGUCUCUCCUUACACAGCACUUACCAGAUUAGAGCAAUUUGUAGUAAAGAGGGGUAAAAGAUAUUUAAGUAAGUAAACUUUGAAUAAAUUUAAAAGUCUUAAAAUUGUGAA